AUGCCGGAUAGAGAGAUUGGACUUCAUUCUCUACCGAAGGGCAAGGGUUCGUCCUAUGGAGACCAACAUGGCAUAGACGAGGGCUACGGCCAGUUCCCGCCGCAGAUGUCCUUCCACAACCAAUCAGUGCCGCAGGCCGGUGACUGUGAUCCGUCAUUUUAUAAUUGUAUUGGUUCGGGCUCGGCGCCUCUUCCCAUCGUGCCCCAUGACCAGGACCUUCCUUACUAUCCGCCGGUGUCGUCGGACUCGAACUUCAUGGAAACGCCCCAGCGCUUCACGUACUCGGCAAUGGGCGAUCUACUGUCUCUCCAGCCGUCUGUAGAGUAUACUCAAGAUGUAGGGGCUGUGUCCACCUCGUACAACCCAAAUAUGUACGUUCCUCAACCCGAACGUAUGGAGGCAAGGAGUAAUAAUGUGUAUGGCCAGAGCCUUCCCAACUUUGUGUACAACCAGGACACGCUGCUUUUGGAGCCGUCGCUGACCACGGCCCUGUUUCUGGGAGUCACCGGCCUCAACUCCUCCUACUUAAACAAUGGUUCGUCGUUGGCCAGCAAUGACACCACAAGCACUGUUCAGUCCUUAUACAGUCACGACAACAAUGACAACUUUCAAUUCGCACAGUUUCACAACUCGAGCUCGGGCGCCAUUCCCAUGCAAAUGGAUGUUGCAAACAAUAGUUCCCCAAUGCCCGUCGCACAGAACAACAUCAACUUCGGCCAUGCCAAUAACCACAUCCAGGUUCCUCAUCACUCUGAGUUUGAUCGCGCUGCCCUUCCAUAUCGCCCUAACCAGACUCGUGGUUGGAGCCAGCCUGGAAGAGAACAGACGAGCACGCUGGAUUCGGGAUACAGCCCUGAAGUACAAUUGCAUUGGAUGAACACACAGAAAAACGCUAGUUUCGAUGGACUUCCAACUAAAAACAAACGCGAUGAUUUCGGUGCGACUUCAAGAAGAGGAAUGGGAAGCAGCUCAGCUAUAAGUCUCAACAUGAACUAUCAAAAUGCACCAUCAAUUGGAUCAGGGAAUCAAACACCACAGAGACUACAGCAACAGAACUUUACAAAGCAGAUUCCUACUACACUGCAACAAGAUAGACUACAGGAGCUUGAAAACGCUCAACCUAUGACGGAGCACAAUGCAAAGGCUGCCAUAAAGCAAAGGCACAUUGAGAAGUUUGCGCCGAUCACAGGUUUCGAAGCAACCAUACGUUCUGUCGAAAACACACCCUUCGAUGUCAUGGGCUCCGUGGAAUCUAUCCCUAUUAUCAAGACACCUAGGGAUAGCAUUCAAGCCCGGGAAGAACAAGCACAAAAAAGUAAGAAACAGUAUAAGAUCGUCCGUGGAGGACUUGGUGGACCCAGCCAAAUGCCCAAUUCGCUCAACAAAAUUGUUCAGUAUGAGCCACUCCAAUUGAACAUUCUCUACUCCUCCCAUCAAAGGGUGAAAAAGUUUCCCUGGUCUGACGUCGAGAUUGAGCAAGGCCGCCGAAUCAUCAGAAUGUACCGGCAACAAAAAGGUACUACUAUCGAAGUUUAUUUUCAUGUUGUGAAUGCCGAUGUGAAACUUGACCCACCUUUCGAUAACAUGGAAGACGUGGAUGAGGUCGAAGUCUCGGUGAUACGGUCAAUUGAAACACAAAAGAGUAAAACCAACACACGAACAGAGCAUUUUAUGACGUCGGUGGAUUUCAUUGAAAUUAUAGAAUGUCUCAUUGGCAAAAGAUCGCAGGAUAAUUCCGAGAGACGCAGAGAGAGAGGCAGGAUCCGGCUGAAUCUCAUGCGGUUUUGGCUCAAGACGCCUCUCCCGUCCAAAAAAAGCAUUGCCAUCGGCGAACACGACUCAGCGGUGGUGGAACUUGCCCUGAAAAUACGCAAAUACUCAGUAAGUAAGCCGCCGGGAUUCAAUAAGGAGGUACGCAUCAUGCCAUGGGAUAAAUUGGCUCCUGCAAUGUUGCGAGCGUUGGAGUACUAUUUUGCCGAGGUGCCGCUCGUCGAUGGCCACAAAGAAGGCAUACCUUCCAAUAACUAG